AGGAGGAGGAGGAGGAGGAGGAGGAGGAGGAGGAGGAGGAAGGUCAGCGGCGCCUUCCGUUUCCUGCGCGGCGGAGCGGGGGCCGGGCACGGUGCGUGUGCCCUCCUCCCCGGGGCGGGGACGGGGCUCGGUGCGCGGAGCGAUCGGUGCCCGCCCGCAGCAUCCCGUCGCCGGGCAACGAGCGGCCCCGUUCCCGUUCCGGCCCCCAUGUCCCGCCCGGCGGCGGCGGGCAGCCCCGGUCCCCGCACCAGCGACUGCUACCGCACCAGCCCCGGCCUGCCCGGCCGCUUCCAGCAGCCCGCCUGCUUCCGCGGCUACGGGCAGCCGGAGCCUCACCCCCGGUACCGGACCACCAACCGGGCCUACGGCAGCAAAGCCCCCACGGUGCACGAGGUGCCGACCUCCUUCCACGUCACUUCGCACGCGUUUUCGAAUACUCUGGCACAGUGUGGCAUGUACAGAAAUAACGGGCUCAACACCUCCCUGGAGAAGAGCCACGUCACCGGCCCAGACAACUUCAUCACCGCCUACGACCACCUCAACUUCCAUCCCAGCUACAACCCAAGCAGCCCGUCGCACUGUUAGAUCUGCAGCAGUACCAACGACAGCACGAGGCCGCUGCGAUAUACUGCUGGCCGCCUAGAUCAAAACCAAAACCAAACAAACAAAACCAUGAGCAAGCAAACGGCACUGACCUUACCCUAAAUCUGUUGCUAAGCCUCAUCUGAAAGCAUGACAGCAGGCACUACACCAUUGCACCGUAGCUGCUAAAUGGCUAUUUCAUCAAGAAUAAGGCAGGUUUCCAUUACAGUCGUGCCCUGUGCCAUCAGGCUGGGACAGGGUACUCUUGUUAGAGCCCUUGGCUUCAGGUCACCUCUCCUGAACGCAGACUUGGGAUGUCACAGUUGUUAUCACUGAGGAGAGUAAAACCAUAGAGACCAGCAGGAAAAGAAUUCAUGUGGCCCACUAAUUGGCAGCAGAUUAACACACAUGCUUCACACUAUUAACCAUGUAAGUCACGAUUUAAUGAGAAGUUUUCUCCUGAACACAGGGGAAAAAAAAUCUUUCACCU